AUGAUAGUACCAGACGAUUCAUUUAUUAGUGAUGACGAAGAAGAAUAUUGUCCAUUGUGUGUGGAAGAGAUGGAUAUCUCGGACAAGAAUUUCAAACCCUGUCCUUGUGGAUAUCAGAUUUGCCAGUUCUGUUAUAACAAUAUCAGACUGAAUCCAGAGUUGAAUGGGAGAUGUCCUGGGUGUAGAAGAUUGUACGAUGAUGAAAGUGUCGAAUACAAAACUAUUAGCCCAGAGGAGUACAAGAUUCAACAAGCAAAGAAAGAGAAGAGAGAGCGUGAAAAGAAGCAACGUGAAAAGGAAAAGAAGGAACUGGAUAUGGCCAACAAGAAGCACUUGGCAGGAUUAAGAGUGGUUCAAAAAAAUUUGGUUUAUGUUACUGGAUUGAAUCCACCAUGUAGCCCAGAUGAAUUACAUUCAGUUUUGAGAUCGGACAAGUACUUUGGUCAGUACGGAAAGAUUAACAAAAUUGUUAUCAACAAAAAGAAUCCAAAUCCCCUGAAUUCUGGAAGUCACCACCAUCAAAAUCCUGGAUUGGUGGUAUACGUCACUUUUGCCAAAAAGGAAGAUGCUUUGAAUUGUAUAACUGAACUUGAUGGAUCAUUAUGCGAUGGAAGGGUAUUGAGAGCAGCACAUGGUACUACUAAGUAUUGCUCUUCUUAUUUGCGUGGUCACCCAUGUCCGAAUCCAAAUUGUAUGUUCUUACAUGAACCAGGAGAAGAGGCUGACUCAUUUACCAGGAAGGAUUUAUCGACACAACAAGGUAUUAAGAUGGGAAUGACAUCAAGAGCACAUACUACAUCAUUCGGAGAGGAUACAUAUAUUCCUAAUCACCAGCUUAGUCAAAUGACUGAUGAGGAUUUACAGCAAUACCAGCAACAACAUGGUCAUAGUAACAACAACAACAAUGCAUCGCAUCCACAUUCGCAUAAUGAUUUGAACAAGGAACAUUUACCAGCCACGGCACAUUGGGCAAAUAUCAAUGGACAAGUUUCAGGAGGCAAUUCGCCAGGCGUCAAUAAUAAUGUACCCUUGGCAAACUCAGCUGCAUUCCCCACAUUGGGCGAGAUUGCUCGUGAGAAGCAACAACAACAACGUAAGGAACCCAAAUCUAGAGUGACAAGUACCAAGUUAUCAAAGAUUAACAGCGCCACUCCGGCUGACGAUGUUGAUUUGAAUGAUAAUUUGGUUAUUCCAUUUAUUGAGCUGAUUGUAGCAGAGAUCAAAACAUUGGAUGAAAUCAAGAAUGUCAAGUUUAAGAGAUUGAGUGACGAAAAGCCCUUACCGUUAUUUGCAUUUGGUGGAGAUUUCACAGACACAACCAAGCCAGAGGAUGAGAAAAUGUUGGCACGUCAAGUGAUUGAAAAGUAUUUGUUGAGGCCAAUUAAGAACUAUCAUUUGGCGUACCCAAACCAUCCAAUUAUGCACCAACAAGCAUUGUUGCAACGUCAACAACAACAACAGCAGCACCAACAGCAACAACAACAGCAACAGCAACAAGGCACCCCCGUUGCAGCAAAUAUCCCAUUACCAGAGAAAACAGACGACCAACAUUUGCUCUUGCGCCAAUUACAACAACAACAGCAAUUACAACAAUUACAGCAACAACAGCAACAACAGCAACAACAGCAGCAGUUGAAUCAACUAAACAUGAUCAAGACUGGUGAUCGUGUCAAUACAUCUACUCCACCACCACCUGGGUUAUUCGCUGGUAGAACACCAUCUACACAAAAUGAUGUUCCCUUGGUUGCUCCUGGUGCUUCCCAACGUACUUCAUCACAAUUGUUGACACAAUUAAUGAGUAAGAAAUGA